AUGAAAAGCAUUGCUGUUGCCGUACUGAUGCUGUUGGCCAGCGCCAACACAUUACCUACCCUUAGUGAAGAAGAACUGAGGCAAGAGAAAGUCAUCACUGAUGUGAUCAUAAACAUUAUUAAUGGCAUCAGACAGUCAAUUAUAGAUGCUGGUCUGGAUCCUUUUGAAGUUAAAAGCGCUCAAGGCGAAUUUGCUCUCUCUGAACCAGAAGUUUUUAGCGCUGUUGCUUAUGCCGAGAACUUCCUUUUCAAAGGUCUCAGUAACAUUGCAAUCAACAGCCUUGACUUCUCUAUUCUCGCUACCCGGCUGACUUUCGAUGUCUCCCUUCCUAGGAUAUCUGUCAGUGUUGGUGAUUCCGGAUUUGAAGUCACUUUAUUAGGACGUGAACUCAAGGGUCAAGGCAGUGGCAGUUUGGACAUCAUAGAGCUCCGCCUCCGUGGUGAUAUCAGAUUGAGCUUUACUCAAGAUCAAAUUGUUCCUCGCAGCAUUAAUUUGUGGUUAUCUUUAGAAGACAUUGAAUCCAACUUGUACCUGAAUCUUUUGGGCCGUGACAUCUCUGACAUCGUCAACGAGUACCUAGGCACCACCCUUCCUAAUGCCCUUAGAGAAAGCGAAGCUGAAAUCAACGAACUCCUUGAGUACAUAGUCUGGAAAAUCAUCGAAUUAAUUCUGUAA